CAUACACUCUCUCAACGAUGUUGUUUUUUUUUCCAAUUUGUCAAAGAAAUGCAAUUGAAGUGAAAAAAGAAGAAAAUUAAUAUUCAUUGUUACAGUAUUUUUUGUAUAUUUUAAUUGCAAACUAAAAUAAAAAUAGUGAAUUUAAUAAAUAAUAAAAUAUAAUUAUUUUUAAAGCAUUACAAAAAAAAAAAAACAGCAUAAAUUUACAAAUCUUUAAACAAAUAAAAAUGUUGUGAUUUAGUAGCAAAGCUCAAUAACAAACUCCCAAAAAUGUCUCAAAAUAGUUCCGAAGAUCUACGUAGUACUGCCGAAUUAUUAAUAAAUCAAACUCGCAUUAUGCAGUCGAGGGGAGGCAGCAAUCCUCCAGGGUUUGAUAUGUCUCGUACUCAUUCCAUAAAUCUUAUUACUGAAGAAUUCCUGGGUGGUUAUAUGCAAGAUGGUCGUAUGUCUGUAGUACGAAGAUUUUUUUGUUUAUUUGUAACAUUUGAUUUAUUUUUCGUUUCACUUCUCUGGCUGAUAUGUAUAGUGAUAAAUGGUGAUAGUAUAAUACAAGCACUGCAAAAACAAAUACUGCAUUAUACAGUAAAUGAAUCAUUAUUUGAUGUUGUGGCAGCGGCCAUUUGUCGAUUUUUAGUUUUAAUAUUUUUCUAUGCUCUAAUGUAUAUAAAUCAUUGGCUUAUAAUUGCGCUGUCCACUAGUGGUUCUUGUCUGUUUUUGAUUUCUAAAGUUUUUGUAUUUAAUUGGGUCGAUUCCAGCCAACAAGUUUUCGUUGUUAUACUCAUUUUAUCCUCCUUUGUUUUGGCUUGGGGUGAAGCUUGGUUUUUAGAUUGUCGUGUUAUACCACAAGAACGUCAUGCUAGACGUUAUUUUUCUGCUCUUACUAAUUCAACGGAUCGUUCCCCCUUGAUGGCACCUUUUUUGGCCUCACAAAAUGAGCGUCGUCCUGCCGAAAGUGUAGCCGAUUUUUAUUCGCCUCUAGAUUCAGCUCAUAACAGUGAUGAUGAAGAGCAACAGGAUGAUGAGUAUCAUCAAAUGGGUUUGGAUUGCUUACGCAAGGCCUAUGAACUGUUGCAAGUGCCCGAUUGGAAAGUUGAAAAAGUUACCAAAAAGGGUGAUACAAUAAGCAGUAUACAUCGUGAGAAAUUGGGGAAGAUUUAUAAAUUAACAGGUCGCCUAAAAUAUCCUGCCAAAGCUUUGUGUAAUGAAUUGUUUUAUAAAAUUGAAGAAGCGCCUCAUUGGAAUCCCACCAUGUUGGAAUCAAAGAUUGUGAGAAAAGUAAAUACUUAUACGGACAUUACUUACCAGGCUACGGUAGGUGGUGGAGGUGGCAUGAUUAAAUCACGUGAUUUUGUUAACUUACGUUGUUGGCGCCUUUUUGUAGAUGGUAAAAUGCGUGAAAGCUAUGUGGAAAGCGAUUCUUCCGACGAUGAAGAAAUGCUCAAUAAUUCCUGUGAGGGUAGUGUUUCUACCAUAUCCGAUGCCGAUGAAGGCGCUCAAUCCAGUAGUGUGGGUAGUUGUAAGAAUAGCACUAGCAUGACUCUACAUAAGGAUAAUGUGGCCGCUUUUCAGACAUUAAGCAAAAGUCUGGGCGCUAAAGAUUUCAGCGAAGCCAUGCGUAUUAAUUUCAGUGAACCACCUCCUUUAGAUGAUGAAUUUGAAGAUGCUAAAGAUCAUGUUGAAGAUGAAGAACAAAUCAAAAAUUCACAGAGCACACAAUCACCAUUAAAAGGUUUCAAUGCCAAGGGCCGGGUGUGGUUAAGUGCUGCGUUAAGUGUGGAUUAUGAUAGGGUGCCAGCGAAUACGAAAUAUAUAAGAGGUGAAAAUUUGGUUGCUGGAUUUGCAAUGCACGAGAUAGAGGGUAAAACGGAUGCCUGUAUAUUUGAGUGGAUUUUGUGUUUAGAUUUGAAAGGCUAUAUACCGCGUUAUGUAUUAGAUACUGCUUAUACCACUUUCAUGACCGACUAUAUGACAUAUUUGCGUAAAUACAUAAGUGAAUUGCGCCAAAGACGCCGCACUGUGCCCAAAAUUAAUAAAAUUAAUUAGAUUUUAACAACUAAACAAAGGAUUAAACUACACUAAAAACUUUUAAUUUUAAGCAGAAAGAUUGACAAGAUACAAGUCCAAAAUUUUAGCAAGAUUUCUAUUUCAUUUGUGGCAAAUAUAAAUUAUUUAGUUCAAGGAUUGUUUUAGAAUGGUUUCAGACAUUAUCAAGAAACUUUUAAUCAGAAUUACACAA